AUGACAGACAUUACUACCUCGCAGAACAGUGAGGACGUUGGCCGGCCCUACGACCAGCUGAUCCUGUUUGGGGAUUCCAUCACCGAGAUGUCCCACAACCAAGCCCUUGGGUUUGCCUUUGGUGCACAGCUGCAGGAAUCUUACAGCCGUAGGCUGGAUGUGAUCAACCGAGGUUUCGCAGGAUAUACCACCGCCCAUGCUGUCAAAGUCUUCCCGAGGGUCUUCCCAUCCCCUCAAGCAGCCAAUGUGCGGCUCAUGACCAUCUUCUUUGGAGCAAAUGAUGCCUGUGUUCCUGGCCAAUCUCAGCAUGUUCCUUUGCCCGUAUAUAAAGAGAACCUGCAGAAGAUCAUUCAGCAUCCUGCAACCCGUGCCCAGGACCCGCGUAUCAUUCUCAUUACUCCGCCGCCAGUGAAUGAGUACCAGCUCGAGGGCUUUGACAUUUUGAAGAAUACUCCGCACCCCAGCCGGACAGCCCAUAUGGCUAAGACCUAUGCCGACGCUGUGAAGGAGGUAGGGGCCUCAUUGAAGGUUCCGGUGGCAGAUAUCUGGUCGGCGUUCAUGCUUGCCGUGGGCUGGCAGGAGGGCCAGCCGCUGAUUGGAUCACGAGAUGUGCCUAAUAAUGACCGGUUUGGCACGUUGUUUACUGAUGGUGAGUGCAAAUUGCCUGGUCUCAUCUCUCCGGGCUAUACUCACCGGUUACCUGCAGGGCUGCACCUAACACCAGGGGGAUACCGAAUUGUAUAUGAUGAAGUGAUGAGGACCAUUCGGGCCAACUGGCCUGAUCAGGAUCCAGCGGUUCUCCCGAUGGUCUUUCCUUCGUGGGGUGAAGCGCCGCGAUGA